UCAAAGACCACCCGUGAAUGACCCAGCUGCAAGCACUUAGAACAAUCAAAGUUCAUCUCCAUUUUCCUGUCAUAGAAGUCAAAAGUCUGCUCCUUUAACCUUAUGCCGCACUCCUUCCUCUCGCUACAUAUAGCAAUCCUACGAUAAAAUCUUCAGAACAGCAGACAGAGACCAAACACAAGAAAAUGAAACUCCAAGAUCUUGUCCCUUUUCUGUGUAUCUUCUUCACUAUCACAACAGCGCAGACAACAAUCCAACCAGGCACCACUCUCUCUGCUUCAAACCCAAACCAAACCUGGUCUUCACCAAGCAGUACUUUCUAUAUAGGGUUUUCCCAAGUGGAUUCAUCUUCGUCUUACACCUUAACCAUCAACUACAACGGCGGUGUCCCAAUUUGGACAGCAGGCAACUCUACUACCACGGUGGAUUCAGAGGGGUCCUUUCAAUUCCUGUCCUCCGGCAACCUCCGCCUCCUCAACGGCUCUGGCGCCACUGUCUGGGACUCCAACACUGCUGGACUCGGUGUCACCACUGCUUCACUUGAUGAAAUUGGUAAUUUAGUGUUAAAGAAUGGAACUUUACCUGUUUGGUCAUCUUUUGAUAACCCCUCUGAUACCAUAGUACCCAAUCAGACUCUUCGUGUUGAUCAAGUUUUAAGAUCUGGGUCUUAUUCAUUUAGGUUUCUUAGUUCAGGAAAUCUAACUUUGAAAUGGAAUGAUAGUAUAGAGUAUUGGAAUCAAGGUAAUGCUUCUAUUAAUGCUAAUUUGACAUCGCCUACUUUGGGGUUGCAACCAACUGGGAUGUUGUCAAUUUUUUCUGCUGCUUUUACAAGCGGGCCACAUAUUGUGGCUUAUAGUAGUGAUUACGGUGAUGUGGGUACAAGGUUGAGGUUUCUGAAGUUGGAUGAAGAUGGGAACUUUAAGAUGUAUAGUACUGAUAUAGGUAGUAAAACUGCAAAUAUGGUAUGGUCAGCUUUGACUGACCAAUGUGAGGUUUUUGGUUAUUGUGGGAAUAUGGGAAUUUGUAGUUAUAAUGAGUCGAGUUCGAGUCCAAUUUGUGCUUGUCCAUCUGAGAAUUUUGAGCCUGUCGAUGUGAAUGAUAGUAGACAAGGUUGUAAAAGAAAAGCUGAGAUUGAUAGUUGUCCGGGGAAUGCUACUAUGUUGGAGAUAGAUCAUGCAAAAUUCUUGACUUAUGAGCCUGAGUUGUCUUCUCAGAUUUACUACAUGGGAAUAUCAGCUUGCAGGUCGAAUUGUCUUUCUCAAGGUUCAGCUUGUAUUGCUUCUACAUCUUUGUCUGAUGGAACUGGGCAUUGCUACGCAAAACCUCCGGGCUUUAUCAGUGGCUAUCGGAAUCCAGCACUUCCCAGUACUUCGUAUGUGAAAGUUUGUGGGCCAGCGCUACCAAACCCUCCACCUGGUGUGCUGACUGUGGAGAAAAGCAGAAGUGGGAGAUUUCGCUUCUGGGUUGUUUGUGUUGCUGUUGUGAUUACCCUUUUGGGUUUGAUUGCCUUGGAGAGUGGUCUGUGGUGGUGGUGUUGUAGAAACAGUCCCAAGUUUGACAGUUUGUCAGCUCAGUAUGCACUACUGGAGUAUGCAUCUGGUGCUCCAGUGCAGUUCUCGUAUAAAGAGCUGCAGCGCUCAACAAAAGAGUUUAAAGAGAAGCUUGGAGCAGGAGGGUUUGGAGCUGUUUAUAAAGGGGUUCUUGCUAACAAAGAAGUUGUUGCAGUGAAGCAACUUGAGGGAAUUGAGCAGGGUGAGAAACAGUUCAGGAUGGAGGUUGCAACUAUUAGUAGCACUCACCAUUUGAAUUUGGUUAGAUUGAUUGGUUUUUGCUCCGAGGGUCGGCAUAGGCUGCUGGUUUAUGAGUUCAUGAAAAAUGGGUCUCUUGAUAAUUUCCUUUUCACUACAGAAGAGCAGUCAGGAAGAUUGUUGAAUUGGGAGCAGAGGUUUAACAUCGCCCUUGGAACUGCAAAAGGAAUCACUUAUCUUCACGAGGAAUGUCGAGACUGCAUUGUCCACUGUGACAUAAAGCCAGAAAACAUUCUUUUGGAUGAGAACUAUAAGGCCAAGGUGUCUGAUUUUGGUCUUGCAAAGCUCAUAAAUGCCAAGGAUCACAGAUAUAGGACACUGACCAGUGUUAGAGGAACAAGAGGAUACUUGGCACCAGAAUGGCUUGCAAAUCUUCCAAUAACUUCCAAAUCGGAUAUCUACAGUUAUGGGAUGGUUUUGUUGGAGAUAGUGAGUGGCAGAAGGAAUUUUGAAGUCUCAGCAGUAACAAACCGUAAAAAGUUCUCUGUUUGGGCUCAUGAAGAGUUCGAGAAGGGAAAUGUUAAUGCAAUUUUGGACCAAAGGCUUACAGACCAAGAUGUAGAUAUGGAGCAAGUGACAAGGGCAAUUCAAGUGAGCUUUUGGUGCAUCCAGGAGCAGCCAUCUCAGAGGCCAAUGAUGGGAAAAGUGGUGCAGAUGCUGGAGGGAAUUGCUGAGAUUGAGAGACCACCAGCACCAAAGGCAAUAACAGAAAGUUCUACCAGUGGAACAAGCAUAAUGAGCAGCAAUGUCAGUGCUCUCUCAACUUUUGCAGCAUCAGCUCCAGCUCCCUCAUCUUCCUCAUCAUAUCAGACUAUGGGAGUUUCGCCUUUAGCUUCAGGUAGAAAUAUAGAGAGGGCAUCUUCAUCACUGUUGCAUUCAGACCCAAACUGAAGUUCAUCAUUAAACACACCAUUCGCCUCCAAUACCUAGGAACUCUAAGGAGAAUGAGAUACCAUACAUUAUAUCAAUGACAAUGAAAUCUUGUAAAAAUUAUUUCAACUGUACUAUGUAUAUUGAUUUAUCAAAAAUGGCCUUUAGCCGUCAUAGAUUAUAUUUUACAAAA